CACAAGCAGCCAGUCUCCGUCCGUGAGGGAGGGCAGGUUCCUGCCGUGACAAACGAGCGAGCGACCGAGAGUGUCCUGUUGCGAGGAUCUUCAGGCAGAGAGGACAUACGGUGAGCUGGAGAGCGCGCGUUUUCUACCAAACUCCCGCGAGAUUCAACGACAGGACACUGUGGUCAAUGGGCAAGACAAGAGUUCAGGCAGGGGUUGUCCAGCACUCCCGGAUGAUCCCCAACUGACGAUGGUCAAGAAGUUCCGGGGCGGCCUGGUCAGGUUCAGCUGUGGGUCUGGACUCAGGCGGUCGGGAGCAGAAGAAAUCUACUGUGAUGGAACCAGCUGGAAUCUCCCACCGCCGACGUGUAUAGAGGGCAUGAGCUACGGAUGUGAUUUCGAAAACUCCGAUAACUGCGGCUGGAACCACGACGCUACGGAUGAGUUUGACUGGGCUCGAACCAGCGGCGGUACACCCACAGCGAACACAGGACCCCAGGCCGACCACACCACCAACAGCUCGACUGGUCACUAUUUGUUCGUGGAAUCGUCCGCCCCGCAAGAGGCUGGCCACAAGGCCCGGCUUGUCUCCCCUCCCUACAAUGGGGACAAAGUUACCGGCCUUUGUUUGGAGUUUUACUAUCAUAUGUUUGGGCCAGAUGCUUUCGGCGGCGUAGAGACCACAACGGUGACAAUCCCAACAACAACGACGUCAUCAGCAACACCAACCGAGGACGUCGACGACUUUACUUAUGUCCACACACCCAAGAGCUCCUCAGCCACCAUCACUCCAACCACCCCAACCACAACAACCACAACAACUCCAACCACCACAGCCACGACAAGACUAACAUCUAAAACACAAUCACCAACGACCACAACGUCCACAACCACUCCUACAACAACAAGCACUACCUCCACAACAGCAGUAACAGCAACAACACCAACAACAACACCAACAACAACACCAACAACAACACCAACAACAACACCAACAACAACACCAACAACAACAGCAUCAACAACAACAACAAUAGCAACAGAAGCGUCUACAACGACGACAAGAUCGACAACGAGAGAAAGAAGAACAAGAAAACCACGCCGCACAACAACAACGACGACAACUGCAUCAACCACACCAAAAGUUACGGAGAAAUAUGCCGGAAGUACCGACAUGACCAAGGAUGACACGACCAAUGCCACUGUCGUUGCUGAACGUGUGACUUCAUCUCAAAGUCAGAACAGAAGCAGAACAGAUGAUGAGGAUGAUACAGCCACGACCAUGAUGAACUCUGAAGACGUUACUGACAGUGGAACACAGACCGCAGGCUCUCACACCAAGGAUUUCUUUGAGUACACAGCCGACGGUACAACAACAAGCGUUUUCUCUGACGUUUCUGCUAGCGCCACCACGGAGAAAGUCGACGACACCGAUAUAAACGGGAACAACGAUACAGACAACGACACUGACUCCACGAAAAACGAAAACACGAGAAAGGAAGGCCGUGUUAAAGGUGGCUCAGGUUCCUCUUCCGGUAUGGGAGAGUUACUUCCCCUGAUCGUGGGCGUGGUCGCUGCGGUAAUAGUUGGAGCCAUAGUGAUCGCUGUUUUGGCUUGGAUGUGGGCCAAGAAUCAAAGACGGAAGCAAGAAAAAGAACAAGAGGAUGAGAUGAACAUUAUAACGGAAUACGUGGAUACUAGUCUUAGUGUGAAUUGAUUGUAUGAAAACAUAUGGGUGAGUGCUGACAGGGCACGUUAAAUUGUGCGGCCUUGAAAGAAGAUGCAAGGGUGGUUUUUUGAGUGAACGGUCAAAAGUAAAGGGAAUAUGGAGGUGUGUGAGGGAUAGAGAGAGGAGAGACAGAGAGAAAGAGAGGGUGAGAGAGACUGUCUGUGGGUAUGUGUUUGUGUGUGUGUGUGUGUGUGUGUGUGUGUGUGUGUGUGUGUGUGUGUGUGUGUGUCGCUGUGCGUAUGGGAGCGGAAGAAUGAGAUACAGAGGAAAUGUGUGUCAGAGAGACACAGAGAGAAAGAGAAAGGAAAAAAGAAAACAUGUGUUUGUGUGUUUUGUUCAAGUGUGCAAGAAAAGGGGGUGACAAGGGAGAAAAAAAGAGAAAGAGAAUUAAUGUUGAGAGAGAGAGCGAGAGAGAGAGAGAGAGAGAGAGAGAGAGAGAGAGAGAGAAAGAGAGAGAGAGAAAGAGAAAGAGAGGGGGAGAUAAACAGCGACGGGGACAACGAGAUAAAUAAUUUCUGGUAGUGAUUAAAGGUAAAUAAGCAAUGUUAUGAGCUUUGUAAAUGAUAUCUGAAAUAACAAAGAGCUAAGUUUCAAUUAUGAAACCUGCAAAUAAUUACAACAUUACAGAGAAUGUUUGUUAAUUAGUCAUAUUAUGUUAAACAAAUCUCACCAUUAACUUUUGAAAGAUUUCUAGAGGUGGCGGUUGGCAACCGAAUUUCUUUAUUCUUUUUGUACUGGCUUCUAAUAUUAUUUACUUUUUCUCGUUAUUGUUUGAGACUUUUGAAACAUUAAUGAGAUUGGGUGCUGUUUAUAUGCAGCUUACCUGUAAUGUGCGUUUCGUUUCUUUUUAAAAGAAUUCUCUUUCCGUUCUCUCUUUUCUCUCUUUAAGUUCGUAUUUACUUUUCUAGUCAAAUAAGUACAUUCGUCAUCAUCAUCAUCAUCAUCAUCAUCAUCAUCAUCAUCAUCAUCAACAACAACAUCAUCAUCAGUAAGCGGUAAAAGAUUAACAUUAUGUUUGUCAUCAUCAUCAUCAUCAUCAUCAUCAUCAUCAUCAUCAUCAUCAUCAUCAUCGUCAUCAUCAUCAUCAUCAUCAUCAUCGUUGCAUCAAUUGUUUUCUCUGAAACCUGUAUUAAACGCCUUAUCACCGAC